AUGGGAGGAUUCUGCCCAAAUUCAAACAUCAAAGUAAUUCCGUCACCUGUGAUUCAAGAAGAGAUAAUUGACCCUUAAGUAGAAAUUGAUACUCUAAUUAAUUAAGAAACCAAUUACAAACUUAGUUUAAUUCAUAAUUUCUCUGUAGAGAAUCCCUCGUUAUAAACAUGUGAUGAAGUAAUCUUAGAAAUCCUCUCCAUAUCAAUUUCAUUUAUGGUUAAGGAUUUUUCUGAAUAAUCAAACUUUCUUAAAAUACAAAUAUAAAAGCAAGUCUAAGACUUAAUUGAUCAUAAAGUUGAUUUUCAGGAAGAUCUUUUAAAAAUGCUUAUAAAUUAUUAUGAUUUUCUAAGUUAUGUAUAGGAGAAUGGAAAAGCAAAAGUUGUUUCUUGGUGGAAAGAUCCUGUUGGUGUAGUUGAAAUAGAAUAAGCAUUGAAGCAUUGGACUCAAGAAUUUAUAAAGUAUGGAGGUAAAUUGAGAAGAGAGAAAGCUUUCAGAAAACUUAUUAGUGAUCCUAAACCUCCAGAACGCUUUGUAAAGACAAGAGAAUGGAUUAAAAAACAAUUAGAAGGUAAUGAGGAAGAAUUGAAGCCAAAAAGAGAAUAAGUAGAAAUAUAUAACAACUUUGAAGAAGGUUUUGAAGAAUAAUGA